AUGUUUAAACCUCGGACCGGUAUAUAUGCAUUAUAUAUUAGCAUCAGUCAGUGGACACCGAGGCAUCGAAAAACCAUGAGGAACAAAAGUAAAAAAGUGUACGAAAUUAUGCGACGACGAGACAUUGCUCAUCUUAAGCGAUUGUUGCUCUCCUCGAAUUCUCGUUUCAAAGGUCGCAAUUCUAAGGGCAAGCAAAAGGUAAAAGACAACCCUCGCGAAAUAAAAAGCGUUUCUCAACCCCGUUCCUCACUUCCUCGGUUAUCUCUGGACCACAUGAUCAAAGGUUCUAUGUUUCGUUUCCUAAAUGAGAAGCUUUAUUCAACCGCCAGUGAAGAUGCCAUGCGCUAUUUUUCUAGUGACGAGCGCGCUUUUGAAAUCUACCACACGGGUUUUCAGCAACAACUUUCCCGAUGGCCAGAGGAUCCCCUACGCUGGAUAAUUAACUAUUUGAACGGUCUCCCUUGGAAUCCUCCCAAAAGGAUGCGCGUUGCUGAUAUGGGCUGCGGAGAUGCCCGGUUGGUUGAUGCCUUAUCCAGCAAUUUCAAAGUCUAUUCGUUUGAUCUAGUUGCUGUGAACGACAAAGUGACCGCCUGCGACAUGGCUCAUACGCCGUUAAAGUCCGAACAUGUGCACUUUGUAGUUUUCUGUCUGUCUCUAAUGGGCACGAACUGUCGGGAUUUCAUCUAUGAAGCUAAUCGCAUUUUAAAGAACGGAGGCGAGAUGGUGAUCGUUGAUGUUGCCAGCCGUUUCGAUGGGGAAUUCCACACCUUCUUGCGGAAGCUGAAGUCAUUUUCAUUUGAAGCACAGUUUUCCGAAACUACCAAAGAUACUUAUUUCGUUCGAGCCCGCCUUCGAAAAGAGAAGACUUGCACUGACAAACCGAUGAAUUCGCUACCGACACUAAAGCUGAGCCCGUGUGUUUACAAAAAACGAUGA